AAAUGUGUCCCCCUGUAACCCGUAAACCAUAAUCCAUUUUUUUUCUCUUCUGGUUUUUAAUGUAUGUUAUUCUUAUUAAAGGUUCACGAUUGUGUGUUUAUGUUUUUUCCCCUUCGAUUACUGGAAACACGGAGCCAAUCAGGGAAAAGAUAACAGAAUGACAUCACCCUCUCCUCACGACCGAAGCGCGAAGAAGAUGCCGGGCGCCAGCGAUGACGACGGAGAAGCCGAAGACCCCGUGGAGCAAAUGAUCUCACGCACGGGCUGCGCUGAUCUGCACGAGGCGCUGCAGGACUGCAUGGCCGAGCAUCAGGACUGGCGAGCGUGCCAGAGCCACGUGGGGGCCUUCAAAAAAUGCAUGCGCGACUACCACAAGGCACGGCAGGAACACUUAAGCCAGGGCCGGCGGACGGGCAAGACCACGUCCACCUAAGAUCACACCCACCCGGCAAUAGAUCUUGACCAGAGGAUCAGCGUGUAUAUGACGGGGUUGAGCACGGGCGGGAAGACGGAGGUGAGCGACAGGAUGACGAUGCGGCCGUCCGGGUGGAUGUUCUCCAUCAGCGUGAAGGUGAUGAGCAGCGGGAUGAAGUAGAUGGCCACCAGCGAGAGGUGGGCGACGGAGGUGCGGAAGGCCUUGAGGCGGUCCCGGACGGCGGCCACCUUGGCCAGGGUGCAGCCGAUGGCCGCGUAGCUGAGCAGGAUGAAGGCCAGCGGCAGCCAGAAGAUCACCGCCGGGUACACGCAGCUCACCACGUAGUUGGGGUAGUGGCUGUUGCAGGCCAGCCGGUAGAUCUGGCCGUGGUCGCAGAAGUAGCUGUUGAUCACCACCGACUUGCAGAAGGACAGUCGGGUCAGCAGGCCCGUGGCCACCGCCACCAGCAGCCAGAAGCUCAGGAUCAGCGACAACAUGAAGCGGUGCGUCAUCCUCACCUGGUCGAGCGGCAGGAACCUCGUCAUUUCAUUGUGCUUUUUCAGGACCGUGACACGAUUAAAGUAUGUCAAGAAACCAAAAAACACAAUGCAGUUUUUUGCGUACCUUUCAAGAUAUCAGCG